GACGUAUUCAACCCGCGACACCUGGGGGAACAGUGAGUGGCGCGCGGCUUUUCUCAAGGACCCGUUGCUGAGGUGGUUGAUGUCUGAAAAGACUCGUUGAAAGAGGCGCCGCCGUUUUCGGGGUAGGGGAAGUACGGGAACAUCAUGACGGGACGUAAAUUUCCUAAAGAGAAGAAGCGCCACCGCUCUCGUUUGUGUUGCCCGGAGGAAGGCGGCGGCAGCAGCGAGAGGAAACGUCGGAGCGCUGAAUCCCAAGGCAUCCCCCAGGAAACAAAAUGUCUUGCACAAGUUCCAGAAAAGGAGGAUGUGGGAGAAGAGCCCAGUGACAUAGAAGAAGGUGGACUAGAUCUCAGUGUGCAGUUAAAGCCAGUUAGUUUCUACAUUACAGACAAGAAGGAAAUGCUUCAGCAAUGCUUUUGUAUCAUAGGAGAGAAGAAAUUGCAGAAAAUGCUGCCUGAUGUUUUAAAGGACUGUUCAGUAGAAGAAAUCAAAAGGCUUUGUCUUGAACAGUUGGAACUCAUGUCUGAGAAGAAGUUACUGAAAAUCCUUGAAGGUGAGAAUGGAGCUGAUUCUGACAGUGAUGACGAGACUAAUGGUGGUGAAGAGAAGACAGCAGUUGAAUCUGUUAGUCAGCAAGACAAUAGUAUAGAUUCCACUUCUUCUUUGAAGGAAGACAACAAAUUGGAAGGGUUGGACUCCAAACAAGGCAAAGGAGAAGAUAGUGAUGUUCUCAGCAUCAAUGCAGAUGCAUAUGACAGUGACAUUGAAGGCCCAUGCAAUGAAGAAGAUAAUCCAGAUGUGCCAGAAAGGACUGUCAGAAGUGGAGAUGGUCAGAUAGAUGACCUUCAGAAGGACAUUGAGAAAAGUGUGAAUGAGAUCCUGGGGCUAGCUGAAACCUCCCCAAAGGAGUCUAAGGCAACAACUUUAGCAGUUCCUCCAACAGAUGAUGUUCAGCCAUCAGCACAGCAGCUGGAACUCUUGGAGCUUGAGAUGCGAGCAAGGGCUAUUAAGGCUCUCAUGAAAGCUGGAGAUGUAAAAAAAUAGCCCCAGGGCUGUUUCAUUUGCAAGAUGUCUGAAAUUGUUCUGAUGGGUGUGAUGUCAGCCUCCUUCAGUGCUAAAAUAUAUUUGGACUGGUUUUGACAUUCCUCUUUGUGUAUCCUGACCCAUGGCUGAAAUAAUUGGCAGCAGUUUGUCAUUGCCAUCAGUAUGGUUUUUGUGCGACUCAGAUAAAUUGAUUGGUUUGAUACUGUUUGACUCAAUUGACCAUUUUUUCUUUGUGCUGGAUUAUUUCUUGACAUGAAUCUGAAAUGGUCAUAACUACAUGCAUCUCUUGCUAAAUCCUGGUGCUUUACAAAAUAAUUGAAGAAUAAUGUAAGGCAUUCUCAGGGCUUACUCCAGCAUUCUGGGGACCUUUGGGCAACAUAACCUAGGAGAUUUAAUUGUGGGGGAGAAGGAAGCAAAGAUGCUGCCUCUUAGAGAUGGAAAGGUAUUGGGCAUGUAACUGAGAAGCCACCCAGAAUCCCUUGCGCCUUCAGGUGAGACUCAGGUGGCUUGUUUUUUCUUGGUUCAGGGCUUGGUCAAAAUAGUGCCUCUGACUUUUAUGGCCGUCCACUAAAAUAACCAAGAUGGUGGCACAGUCUUUUAUUUGGUUGGGCCAUUUCAUGGAUCUGGGCCCUGAUAACUUGAUGACCUCUGGCACCAGCCAUAAGCAUUCAUCAUCUGCAUAGUUUGAAACAGAAUUUAGUUCUUGUCUCCCUUAAUUGUUAGUAAGCUUAGUAAUGAUGUGUGUACAUCUUAAAACACACUCUUUAAAAAAAACCUCUGGUAGUUGAGAGUGUGUGUGGUAUCCAGCUUUUCAGAACAUGCAUCAUAGGUGAAAAAUAAUUGUUGAUAUUUCAGCAUUAAAAUGCACUUAAAUUGUAGAAUUAAUAUGAUUAAAGAUAAUUUGUAACCUAAUCUAGGAAGCUGUAGAAAUGCCCAAUUCCUAUGACUAGGCAUGCUACAAUGGUUUCCUUUCUUGGCAGAUUUGGUGUUGCAGUUUUUCCAUCUUUAGUAUUGUUUCUAACUUGUUUUUAACAAUACAGAAUGAGAUAUUUAUACCCAGAUGGGGUAGUUGUUACACGUGUCCAUCCUGUAAGAUGAAGCAAAGCAACAAAACUGAAAUGUCACUAUCUAGAGGCUUUGUUUGGAAGUGAGUAUACUUGCACUGAUUACAAAAAUUAUUGAUGGCUCCUUAAUCAGGGUGUAUAGCACAUCAACACCUAUUUUGAAACGGGGGGAAAGUGGGGAAAAUCAACAUGUAUGAAUAAACACAUUUAACUCUA